UUCAAUUCGGAUUCAAUGCUUUGAGUUAUCAUAUGAUUCUGUGAGAGUUCUUUUGUCUUCCUCUUUCAGCCCCGGUUCGACUUCCUGCUGUUUGGAGGCGUCGCUUUUCAUCUUCACCAGACUUGAGUCGAAAUUGCGGCAAAGAGUCGAAUAAUUGUUACAUUCAGAACGAACCUUUGUUCGUCAAAUAAGUCUGAAAGACUCAAUGUCAUUUCAACUCAAUGUUAUGUCACGUUGGAUACGUGAAAAUUUGCCAACAAAAAUAGAAGAUAACCAAGUUCAGAAAAGUGAACAUUUUUUUUGCACUGCGUCUGUUUUUUGAAUUUAACGCUCGAACCCCUUAAGGUUUUAUUUUACACUUCCUAAAGACAAUCAGCGUCUAUUUUAAGACCUCAAAUAUAACGCCCACUCCUUUUUCGGCAUCUUCACUGCAUUGAUAUUCACCCUCCUAUCACAGUUGAUUUUUAUAGACUUUACUGUCCACUUCUUCUCUUAAUUUGGCAUGGGUAACUUUUUCCUCCAGACUGGAUAACUUUUAUAAUAGUCUGGUCUCCAUAGUCCGGACUAACGCAAAUUUAGAUUUCUCUUGUGGGUAUGAUUUCAAUUACUUUCAGGUGUUUCUCUGUUUCUCAGCAAUCAGUUCUCUUCACUUCCAUUCCUUGUUUAUGUUUAUUUAUCCCAAUAACAAACUAGAGUUCAAGCCCAAUUUCACGCCUAAAUGCAUACUUGCUUCUCACCUUUUCCAAACUUUGAAUUUUGAGCUAUUUAUAAUUUCCUAAUCAUUAGUUAUUACACUUGAUAUUCACUUCUUAGUUUUCAAAUUUCACUUAUUUUUUUGCGCUUAAAUUCACUAUUGAAGAAUUUAAGAAAAAAAAUAUUGGAAUAUCCAAUGAAAAAAGCCGACACUUUUUCCAAUAACGGAAUUCGUAAAAAAAAAAUUAAUGUGCCUCAGCAAAACGAAACCCGGCAAAGGUAUGCGGCUUUAAAUUGAUGGCCUAAAUAUUCGCCGCUUCAUAAUUUGACGCUUAAAAAAUACCCACUCAUUAUUAUUUUCUGUCACAUUUCAAAGCUUGAAGACAAUUUCUUUUCAUUUACUAUUUGGCGCCCGCCGAGAAAACUUCCUCAAUUUUUAUCACUUUUCCAUCUCAAAUCAAUUUAUUAUUUAUAGCGCUUUUUACAUCUAAAUUGACGCUUAAAUCUCCUGUGAAUCUUUUUAUUUUAAAAGAGAAUUCGUCAAAUUAGCGUCAUCAUUUUGUUACGACCUCAGCACAAAAAGACUUAUCUUGGCAAAAAGUUUAUCGGUCAUUCUUUUUGUGGCCAAAAUUUGCCAUCAUUAUUUUUUUCCGCCUACAAAGAACGGGUAAUUAGUAAAUAAACUCCCCAAAUUUCGACCAACAAUUUUAAUUCAACGCUUCAUAAUUUUCACUCAUCAAAAUUUAUUUUCAGACCAUUUCGUGGAACAUUCCUCCUGCUUUUAAUAUGUGACGUAUAAUCGAACUUUCAGUAAUUAUUGUUCUGCUGCAUUGAUAUUUGAGCCAAAAGUUGAAUUAUUUCUUUAUUUUCCAAUUUCUUUUUCAAAAUCCUUUUGUAAUUUCAAAAAAAAACGUAAGCAAAAAUCUGAUUUUCACUCGAAUUUGUUUCAAAUUGGAAUUUCUCCAGAAAUUAUCUAAUACUGUGUGAAAAUGGUAUGCGAGUCAGUGAACGAAACGAGUCCCGAAAACGAGCUCAGCUCGGCGAUUCUCAAAGCGGGCGACUACGGGUCCAUCGCCAUCUGUCUCGUGUCCAUGCUGUUCGGAGUGACUGGAUCAGUCUACGUGUCGGUUCGCAUCAUCCGAGAACCAAGACUGAAGUCGUUUCGCUACUUCUUUGUCGCCAAUCAGUGUGUAGUGGAUUUUUGCACCACUUUUUUCCUGGCGGGAAGUCGGCUGCUGCACUACUACGGCUUCGUCGGAUACGUUUCCAGGUGUCGCACUUUGUACAUGCUGUAUGCGAUCGCGGAGUACGUGUCCCCAAUGAUCCUCCUUCUGCUGUCAGUCGAGAGAUUCGUAAUCACAGUCUACCCUCUCCACAAGGACACCUUUCUGAGGAAGAAGAACUACUUGGGUCUUGUGGCGUUUCUGUGGUUGACAACAGCCCUGCUGACCCUGGGCUUCAUCAUGGGCUCUGAGGCGUGUCAGACCACGGGGGAGCAGUACUACUGCCACCUCACACUGUGGGGCACAGACGAG